AGUAGGGUGACAUCCGUUUAUAUUUGGCUGACCAAUGUGAUACGAAGCCUGUAAUCCAGAGUUUCAUUAGACAUAAAAAUAACUGCUGGCAAAAGUUCACAUGAGUAGUAUUUUGCCCCUAAUUUCGUUUGCAUUUUCUGUUUUGAAGACGUAAAGCCUGGCGAAUAUGAUGCCUCACCCACCGUCUGUACCCGGGAGCGCCGCUCCUCGCGCCGGCCGGGCGGGAGGGCAGGUGCCCGAGAGGGGCGACCCCGGGUAGUGGUUCCGCCCAGCACUUCUACCGCCGCGGCUCUUCAAAAAGCUUUGCGGGUGCAGAAAGCUGUCCAGCACCGUCACCAGUGCGCCAACGGCGUUGGGAGGGAGCGAGAGUGAAUAAGGGAGAGUGUUCGGAAAGCGAGCGACGACCUGGGACUUAAGGCCCCGUCGUCCGAGUGCCCAGUAGACCCGUCCAGUCUGGUCGCGCUCCGGGCCCAAGGCGUGAGCCACAAGCAGCCAAGCGCGGCCCACGCGGCCGGCGGGCGCCGGGGUUGGCGGGACGCGCGCUCCUUGUCGGCGCCAGCUCGAGCCCGCGCCCCCCCCUCCGCGUGCCCGCGCCGCUGCGCGAUGCAGUGUGGGGAAUGGCUGGGGUUGGCUGAAGAGCGCACAGUGGAGUUUUAAUGUCCGCCAUGUUGGCCAUGGCGUAUUGAAGAGAGCGAGCGAGAGAGGAGCGGAGCGGCACAGCCUCCCACCCUCCCGGCUGCUGUGAGGGCCCGGACGGCGGGCUUGCGCUCCGCCCCUCAAGUCCCCGGCAGCGGUAGGCGAGUGGGGACCGAACCCCCGGUUCUCCAUGAUCCCGCUGGCCGGGGCCGUUUCCCCAGAGCGGAGAGGUAUCUGCUGCGCCUGAGAUGAGUAAACUGUCGUUUCGGGCGCGGGCGCUAGACGCCUCGAAGCCGCUGCCGGUUUUCCGCUGUGAGGAUUUGCCCGACCUGCAUGAAUACGCUUCGAUAAACCGGGCCGUGCCGCAGAUGCCCACCGGAAUGGAGAAGGAAGAGGAGUCGGAACACCAUCUUCAACGGGCUAUUUCAGCACAGCAAGUGUAUGGCGAGAAGAGGGAUAAUAUGGUUAUACCUGUCCCUGAGGCAGAAAGUAAUAUUGCUUACUAUGAGUCUAUUUAUCCUGGGGAAUUUAAGAUGCCAAAGCAGCUCAUUCACAUACAGCCUUUUAGUUUGGAUGCUGAGCAGCCUGACUAUGAUUUGGAUUCUGAAGAUGAAGUAUUUGUGAAUAAAUUAAAAAAGAAAAUGGACAUUUGCCCAUUACAAUUUGAGGAGAUGAUUGACCGUCUAGAAAAAGGAAGUGGUCAGCAGCCAGUCAGUCUGCAGGAAGCCAAAUUACUACUAAAAGAAGAUGAUGAAUUAAUUAGAGAAGUAUAUGAAUACUGGAUUAAAAAGAGAAAAAGCUGUCGAGGGCCAUCUCUUAUCCCAUCAGUAAAACAAGAGAAGCGAGAUGGUUCCAGCACAAAUGAUCCUUAUGUGGCUUUUAGAAGACGCACUGAAAAAAUGCAAACUCGAAAAAAUCGCAAAAAUGAUGAAGCCUCUUAUGAAAAAAUGCUCAAGCUGCGUCGAGAUCUAAGUCGAGCUGUUACUAUUUUAGAGAUGAUUAAAAGAAGAGAAAAGAGUAAAAGGGAGCUAUUGCACUUAACACUGGAAAUUAUGGAAAAGAGGUAUAAUUUGGGUGACUACAAUGGAGAGAUUGUGUCUGAGGUUAUGGCACAAAGACAGCCAGUGAAACCUACUUAUGCCAUCCCCAUCAUCCCUAUUACUAAUAGCAAUCAGUUUAAACAUCAGGAAGCAGUGGAUGUGAAGGAGUUUAAAAUCAAUAAGCAAGAUAAAGCUGAUCUUAUCCGACCUAAACGUAAAUAUGAAAAGAAGCCUAAAGUCUUACCAUCGUCUGCUGCUGCUCCUCCUCCUCAACAGAUGGGUCCUGCUGCCAUGCCAGUCUUUAAUGCUAAAGAUUUAAAUCAGUAUGAUUUCCCCAGCUCAGAUGAAGAACCUCUCUCCCAGGUUUUGUCUGGUUCUUCGGAAGCUGAGGAAGAGAAUGAUCCAGAUGGUCCCUUUGCUUUCCGUAGGAAAGCAGGCUGUCAGUACUAUGCUCCUCACUUAGACCAAACUGGCAACUGGCCUUGGACAAGUCCUAAAGACGGAGGAUUAGGGGAUGUGCGAUAUAGAUAUUGCUUAACUACCCUCACCGUACCCCAAAGAUGUAUUGGAUUUGCACGAAGACGGGUUGGACGUGGUGGAAGGGUCUUACUGGACAGAGCUCACUCAGAUUAUGACAGUGUGUUUCGCCAUCUGGAUUUGGAACUGCUGUCCUCACCACAACAUUCUCCAGUCAAUCAGUCUGCCAAUACCUCAGAAACAAAUACCUCGGACAAAUCUUUCUCUAAAGACCUCAGUCAGAUACUAGUCAAUAUCAAGUCGUGUAGAUGGCGGCAUUUUAGGCCUCGGACACCAUCCCUACAUGA